ACACACCAAACAAAAACCAAAAAAUCUGAAACCUUUAUUUCUUUCUUUCUCUUCUCUUCUUCACACACCAUUUUCUUCUGCUACUGCUUCUGCUGGUGCUGGUGCUGGUUCAACAUGAGGAUCCGCAAGAACGCGAAGUUCUCAUCUUUAGAGUUAUUAAGCUCAUCUUCCUCAGAAGGAGGAACAGGUUCUUGUUCUUCAUUCUCAUUUCGUCAUACCCACGUGUGCCAGCUGAACCAGUCUCCAUGGGAUGUGAUCCCCUUUGACUCUGAUUCCAUCCAGUUCGAAUGCCACAACAAUAACAACACCACCUUCCUCACCACCACCACCACCACCACCACCCACGCUUCUGUAAAUGCUGCAGAUUCCGUUGGACCUGUUGAAAGCGUCGCUUCGAUGAUGGACAUUGACGACAAAACCAAGAUGGUUGCGCUUCAAGACGACGAUGCAGCCGUGGCGGCAAUGACGGCUGUCCAUCGUCGCGAUAGUGGAAAGGGAGCAAAAGUUGCCGCCGCGAACGGCGGAGCUGGUUACAGCAAGAAGACACCGGCGGCAGCAGCCGGAGGAGCUCGCAGCAGUCGCGCCAAUAAGAAUCGCGGUGGUGCUCCUCUCGCCGCCGCUGGCAGCAAGAAACCACCACCGGCGUCGAGUAAUCCGUACGAAUUUUACUACUAUUCAGGGUUUGGACCGCUAUGGGGGCGGAGAAGAGGCGGCAGACAUGGCGGCGGUGGCGGAGGAGGAGAAGAUGAAAGCAAGAACAGCGAUGGUAACGGAAGUGAGAAUAAUCAUAACAAUAAUCGAGCAUUGGAGCAACCAUCGAAAAUCGUUACUAUCAUGAAUGAAGCUGAAGCCGCAGAAGUAGAAGGUGGUAAUAAUAAUAAUAAUAAUAAUAUUAAUAAUAAUAUUAAUAAUAAUAAUAAUGUUACAAAUGUUGUUAGUGUUAAUAAUAAUAAUAAUAAUAAAGGUAGUGGCAUGGAAGAUAGUGUUGUUGGUUAUUCUUUAGUGAAUGUUGGGGAAUUGGAUUAUGUGGAGAUUGAUGAUGACGACGAAGAAGAAGAGGAGGAUAAUAUGAACGAUGAUGAAGAGAUUGGGAACAAGAAGAGAAUGAGGAAGCCAGUUAAAGCUAGGUCUCUUAAAUCUCUUAUGUGAUUAUAUAUAUAAUAUCAUAUAGUAUAAGAUCGAGGGUUGGGGUUCAAUCAAUGUAAUGUUAUUGUUGUUGUUGUUGUUAUUGUUUUGGAAUAUUAUUAUUAUUAUUAUUAUGUAUGGUAGGGUGGGGGUUUGUGUUGUAUAUGGUGGUGUUGUAUGUUCCUCUCUCCCUCUCUUAUGAAUCAAUA